AUGAGUUCGAACAAAAAAUCAUUUAUUCGGAAGUCUGUUCAACUGAAAAAUCUGCAUCGUAAACGGGAGAACUUACUUGGGUCUGCUUUACUUAUCCAGAAGUUCAAUGAAACGUUCGAGGCUACUCAAGUUAAUCAAGUACCGAUUCGUAUUGAAAGGUUAGAUCAUUUGUGGGAUAAAUUCAAGGACACGGAGGAUGAUAUUGAAGCGUUAGAGGAUCAGGAGGACGGGUUCUCGGAGACUCGUCAGGAGUUUCAAAAUUUAUACUUUGAGCUGAAAGCAUCUUUGGUUAGCAAGCUACCGCGCCCUGCUGCUGCACACCCAUCUUCUCCCGAUCUACCUCCACCAUCUCGAAGUGUACCACAUACUACCCAAUCCAUUUCAGUGAAGCUUCCAGAAAUAAAAAUCCCUGAAUUCGGAGGCAAAUCGGAUGAAUGGGUCGAGUUCCGUGAUUUGUUUAAAUCUCUGGUGCACACCAAUACACAAUUGUCGUCAGUUCAGAAGCUUCACUACUUGCGCAGCUCAUUGCAAGGUGAAGCAUCUCGUUUGAUCUCGUCGUUGGCGAUCACUGCAGAUAAUUACCCCGUCGUAUGGAAAACGAUCUGCGACCGGUAUGAAAACAGAAAUUUUCUCGUGAAGCAGCAUAUGUCAGCGAUUUUGAAGGUUCCCAACGUAAAAAGGAAAUCAGCUUCAGCCCUCGCCGAGUUGGCUGAUGAGUUUAAUCGACAUGUGAGCAUUUUAGACAAAUUGGAAGCGCCCGAAGCGCAUUGGAAUUCAUUCGUAGUGGAGCGAUUGAGUAGUUUGCUCGACGAUAAUUCGUUGAUGGAAUGGGAAGGACAGUGUGACGAAAAUGCCGUCCCACAGUAUAAAGACCUGUUGAGCUUCAUUUUGAAACGAUCACGCACACUUCAGAUGUGUAAGCCAAACUUAAGUCAACCAGUGACAAGUUCCAUCAAGCCCAACCGUGGCAAAUCUUCCUCUCACGUUGUUUCUGAGCGUGUGGUAAAGUGUCCCAACUGUAAACAGCCUCACGCAAUCUCUCAGUGUGAGUCAUUUUUGAAUCUAUCUCCGAAAACUCGAUUGGACUUUGUCAAGAAGCAUCAACUUUGCAUUAACUGUCUGCGUGGAGGUCAUUUGGCUAAAGACUGUCGCAGUAGCUUGUGUCGGACCUGUGCAAAGAGACACCACAGCUUACUACACCUUCCUCCCGUUACAUCCGUUCCGAGCGUAGUAGACGAAGAGGCUUCUACAUCCACUACUUGCAUAGCAGUUGGUUCAGCAGAUAACAUCGUCCCACAUGCGGGAAACUUGUUUCCGAGAUCGGUAGCACCAUCGGUGGUGCACUCACAUAACUCACCACAGGCAAAUGGGUCGUCGUCGGUAGUUGUAUCGUUUCCGCAUUCGCGCGCCGUUAAUAGCCCCUCUCUCUCGUCGUCGGUUUAUCCGUCUGAAUCUAAUGAACCACUUCCUUCUUGCUCUUACGAUAGCACGAUGUUGCCCAAUUCGAUAGCCAAACCUCGAGAAACAAUGGUGUUUUUAUCCACUGCGUUAGUACGAGUACAGGACGCCAAUGGUAUUGGCCACUAUGCCAGAGCCUUGCUCGACAGUGGGUCGCAAUCCAACUUCAUAUCGGAGUCAUUAUGUCAGAAGUUGGGAUUGAAACGCACUCGCAUCAAUAUACCCGUAAGCGGAAUUGGUCAAGCAACAGUCAGUGUACGUUAUAGUGUGCAGGUUGCUCUCGCUUCUCGAUUCGGAAAAUUCGUACAGGAUAUAGAUUGUUUAGUGCUCCCGAAACUAACUGUGAGUCUUCCUAGUUGCCAUGUUGAUAUCUCGCGGUGGAACAUUCCACGAAAUUUACCAUUGGCGGACCCAAAGUUCAAUAUUAGCCAUGGAGUGGAUUUGAUUGUUGGGGCCGAACUUUUCUUCAUGCUGAUAGAAUCCCAUCAAAUGAUUUUGGCUGAUAAUUAUCCUACGUUGCAGAAAACUUUGCUUGGUUACGUCGUAUGCGGCAAGUAUUCAACAAACAUGGUCAAGACGGUGGCAUGCCAUGUGGCCACUGAAGCUGAUUUAAACGUUCAACUCGAGAAGAUGUGGGAAGUAGAGAACUUUGACGUUGGCAAGUCUCUCACCCCAGCUGAACAGGAUGUCGAAAACCACUUUCUGCAAACCGUGUCACGCGAUACUGAGGGACGAUACAUUGUUCGCUUGCCCUUCCGGGAAUCGAUGGCUCCCCUGUUGGGUGACGCCUUCGACCAAGCAGUUCGACGUUUGCUGCUUAUGGUGAAGCGGUUUGUUCGGGACAAGGAUCUGCAAGACGCCUACGUAAAAUUCAUGGACGAGUACGAACGAUUAGGGCACAUGGAAGUUGGUUCACGCGACGCGGGCCCACAAUAUUUCCUUCCCCACCAUGCUGUUCAUCGUCCGGAAAGCAGUACAACAAAAACUCGAAUUGUCUACGAUGCUAGCAGCAAGGGAACCGGUGCUCUUUCCCUCAACGACGUCCUUCACACUGGUCCCACGGUCCAGCCACCACUGCUAUCCACCGUGUUGAAUUUCCGGAUGCCGCAAAGAUCGCGAUAUUUGAAGAUCGUCUGGCGACGCGAUCCCUCGUUGCCACUACAAGUGUACCAGCUGAAGACGGUGACCUAUGGACUUGCGUGUUCACCGUACCAAGCCGCUCGAGUACUCAUCAAGCUCGCCGAAGAUGAGGGACAAAACUACCCGCUCGCUGUGGAAAUUGUGAGGAGUCGUUUCUAUGUUGACGAUGUUCUCGCUGGGAGUGACAGCCUCGAAGAAGCCACCGAAAUUUGUCGCCAACUACGGGAGCUACUCGAUCUAGGAGGAUUUUCGCUCAGAAAAUGGAGUAGCAAUAACCAAGCCGUCCUAAGACACGUCCCCACUGACCUGUGGGAAAGUGCGCCUCAGAUGGAAUUAUGUCGUUCGACGGUGACUGCUCUAGGUCUUCUAUGGAGUCCACAAAGCGAUUGUUUCGGCUUUAAGGUCCCGCAACUAGCAGACUUGCGAAUUGUGACCAAACGCAUUGUUGUGUCUGAGACUGCUCAACUGUUUGACCCUCUAGGUCUGCUUGGCUCAAUAGUGAUUAGCGCUAGAAUGUUCGUCCAACAACUUUGGGCCAAAAACAUCUCAUGGGACGAAGAACUUUCUCCAAAAGACAGUGAGUGGUGGAUGGAAUUUCGAAAAGAGCUGGGCCUCCUCAAACAGCUUGAUAUUCCUCGUCGUGUUCUAUCAAAUCCAGACCGCAACUACCAGCUCCACUGUUUUUGUGACGCCUCUGAAAAGGGCUAUGGCUGCUGUGUUUAUGUCGUUGGUCCUGAUGGAGAGGAGCAUCUUACCAGCCAUCUUUUGGUUACCAAGGCUCGAGUUGCCCCAUUGCGCGGAUUGUCGGUGCCACGUCUCGAGCUCUGUGCAGCGGUGGUUGGAAGUCAAUUGGUGAACAAAUUACGAAAUGAGACGGACUUCUCGGGACCAGUUACCUUUUGGACAGAUUCGACAGUAGUGCUGUAUUGGCUUCGUGCUCCGCCGUCCAAUUGGAAAGUGUUUACCUCUAACCGUAUCGCCGAGGUGCAACGACUCACCAAGGGUUCCGAAUGGCGACAUGUUCCAACGGAACACAACCCAGCUGAUCGCAUUUCACGUGGGAUACGCCCUAGUCAAUUAAGGGAAGAUAUCCUAUGGUGGUAUGGGCCACCAUUUCUCAAGCAUCCGGUUACCUGCUGGCCUGAAACACUGCCUAACUCUACGCCCUCUCGGAUCUCGGAAGUAAAUUCCGAAGCACGCCAAAUUGUCGCAUGA